CUAUGAAAAUUAAUAAGCCACCCCCAACGCUGGGAAAACAAUAGGAGAAAGACUCCAUCUAUCGCACUUUUCCUCCAUCUAUUCUGCUUGGACUCCAUACAUUCGUUAUCGACGUCCACUCCCCCUACAUUUGGGAGUAGAAGGGAUCAUCUUGGAAUAUACCAAAGGGUUAGAAGCAAGAGGGGUGUAUAUGUGUAGUUGAGGUUCUCUCCUCCAUAACAAUGAACUUAGUUCCUGAAGCUGAGGCUCAGUUCGGAAGACUACGAGAAACCAGGAAAUAUAUCGUUUUCGUUUUAUUUUAAGGCGUAGGGAAAAUAGCAAAAGCUGACACCCCUCCCAACUCACAAUGGUUCCGCUUGUAGUUCUUGGUUGCCAAGCAACGGGCAGGAAUCCAGUAUCUUGCAGGAUUAACGGGGUGGACAGGUAUUAAAGUGGCAGAAUGGGUUGAUGAAGUCUUCCCUCAUGGCUGUCACUGAAGCCACUGCCUGGAUCAGGGCCCUGAAGAUGGGCAGCAAAGGAAACAUCUUGAAUGCUGUGGCAUCAGCCCUGGAAGACCCAGCCUGCCAAUCCGUGUAUCUCUUCACCAAUGGACUCUAUGAGGGCAGAGCAGAGGAGCUUUGGAGAUACUUGAAAGAUGCAGAGCAAACUCGCCCUGUGCAUACUGUCUACUUGGUGGGAAGUGAAGAGGAGAAGAAAGACAGUUCAAGAAAGAUACUGGCGAAGGUAGCCAACGAGUUUGGUGGCUCCUGUCAAGUCCUCAACCUCAGCUCUGAUGGAACUUCAAAUGAGGAUAAGCCUGGUUAUACUGUAAGCAUUCCCGGUUCUUUUUAUAUCAGUAAACAGCAUCCCAAUCCUUGGUUGACUGGCCACUGCAGGACACAAUUCCCUUCAAGUACAUGGAGUCCAUAUUCCCCUAACAUAUUUCUGGAAGGAUCCAUAAAAGAAAAUUUAGAGAACUGGUCUUCAAAGUUUCACAACUUGCAAAGGGGUAUCAGAGUCUUAAUUAGAAAACAGGCAGAUGGGUAUUACUACCCAGGUCACAUUGUCCAAAAGGUGAAGGGCCCUAGAGGACAUGUUCUGGUCAAAUUUGAACAACUACAACAGCCACAGAAAAGGAAAACACAUCCUCAGACACAAGAAACACCUCUCUAUGACAUUGUUGAUUAUGAAGAUAGCAGGUGGCAGCCAUUGGCUCCAGGAGAUGCGGUCCUGGCUCCAUGGGAGAAGAAAGGGCGACGAUAUGGCCCAGGGAUUGUCCUCCAGGUUACAGAGGCUGAAUCACCUCAUUCAGUCUUUAAAAACAGCAAAGUGCUUGUUAAUUUCUGGAAUGGUCAGACCAAGAAUGUGUCUGCAGAUAUCACUGUGAAGAUCCCACCUUCUUUAAGAGAACGCAUUGUCCUUGAGCUUCAGAUGCCUCUGACAGCCAGGGAAAUGUUAGUGGAACGGAGUCCGGAUUAUCCUUAUGUCGUGCCACCAGGUUACAGAGCUUCAGGGCCUCGCAGGCGAAUUCAUUUAGACUGGAUGCACUGCAAUGAUACCCACAAUGUCAGCUGUGCCGGCACUAGCAAUAGCCCUGCCCAUCUUCCCCACUGCUAUUUUUGCUUUCCAUCUUGGAAAUCUGCUAGCUGCCCAGUAUGUACGAGACAACCAGAUGACACCUUGGUCCCAGAAAUCAAGCUGACAGGGAUGGAUGAGCAUCUUUCAAAGGGGAGAUUUCCCAUUCUGGAAGGAGAUAAAAUGGAAAAGUGCAGCAAACUAAAGAAAGCAAGCAACUUUGGAUCGAAAUCUGAUGAAAAGAUGGAAAGCAAAGUUACAAAGCCUAACAAGGACCAACUGAAAGAUAUAAACAAAGGUUCGGGCGUAGCUACAAAAAUAGGCAAAUGCAAAACGAGAAAGGUUCCUCAUAAGCCCAGAGGCCCACCUGGAAAUCAAGGCUCACCUGUCCUAAGACCACAGCUGUGAAGACGGCCCUGAAAUUCUCAAGAUCAGCCACCUGCAACUCAGCUACAAUUCCUGCAUCCAGAAGCACCAGUCGGAGUGGGGAAGGAGAAGGUUGCACUUCCAGAAUGAGCGUGUCCAACAAGUCCACGAUUACUGUCUGGUCCUCCAGAUGGUCACUAAAGAGCUCUGCUCCCUGGACCAGGACAUUCCCAGGGUGCAGAUCAGCAUGGACAAAGUUAUCAACAAACACCUAAAAAUGACAAAUCAUAGCAUUGAAAAAAUGCAACCUUAACAUUUCUAAUGGAUCACUUAACUUAUAUGAACCUCUGGUUGCCAAGAUAUUCAGGAAAGGUUCUCCUGAGACUGUCAUCCCCCCUCAGAGGCCUGCUUGAUGAAUUCCUGGAAGAGGACCUUCUCCACCUAUGUUGCUUCCAGGCAAAGAAAUAUAUUCAGAAUUGCAGUCAAUUCCAAUUCUCACUGUGUUUAGGAAUAAUGUGAAGGCACAUCUUUCCACUUUUUAAAACUGCUUUACUAAUUUAUUUGGUGAUUCUGAAUGCUUGAUUAAUUUUUAUUGGUAUUAUCUUAUAUAUUUUUAUUUGAUUUUAAUUUUUUGUUGGUCUGCUUUAAUUAUGUUAGUCGCCUUGAAUGCCACUUCUUUUUUUAAAAAAUUAGGAAAGCAAGAUUAAAAAAUUCAAAAGUCGAUAA